UGUAGCACUUAGAAGUCGCUGGGGUUCGCCUAUAAAAACCUAGGUUUUCUCUCCACCGUCUCUCGUUGUUACACUUCUGUGGAGCUGUGGAGCUGCUGCACCGUUUACCAGAUCAUUGAUGAUGCUUGUUUGAUGUUUUGAUCUUUCGAUGCAAUGAAAAUGAGCAAGAAAACCCCCCUAGUGUUUUUGGACGUGUCAAUUGAUGGCGAUCCUGCUGAAAGGAUGGUUUUCGAGCUUUUCUCUGAUGUUGCUCCCAAGACUGCAGAAAAUUUUCGUGCACUUUGUACAGGGGAGAAGGGAAUCAGUUCUAAGACUGGAAGGCCCCUCCACUACAAAGGAUCCUUUUUCCAUCGCAUCGUUAAUGGAUCGCUGGUGCAGGGUGGUGAUUUUCUUAAACGAGACGGGAGUUUCGGAGAAAGCAUAUAUGGCGAGAAGUUUCCAGAUGAACCACCAUCCAAGCUGAAGCACGAUCAACGGGGUCUUUUGUCGAUGGCGUUGGCAGAUCGUGAUGCUCGUGGGUCUUUAUUUAUAAUCACCUUCAAGGCCAAUCACCAUCUGGACAGGAAGUAUGUAGUUUUUGGGAAACUUGUGGAAGGGCAUGUUGUUCUGGAGAAGAUUGAAAAUGUGGGUGAUGAAGUCGGGAGACCAUCUGUGACAGUGAAAAUCAUCAGUUGCGGUGAAUUGCUCGAGGAGAAAAUGAAGGUAAAUAAAGCGAAAAUGGGGAAGGAUGCUUCAUCGGAGGCUAACAGUCAUGAAGUCCGUCGCAGAAGAAAGCACAAGAAAUCAUCAAAGGGGAGAAGGAAAAGGAGGAAAAGAUAUUACACGUCCACUUCUGAAUCCGAUACUUCCUCAGAUAGGGAGAUGGAAUCAGAAAGGAAAAGGAAGAAAAGAUAUUACUCGUCCACGUCUGAAUUCGAUACUUCGUCAGAUAGCGAGAUGGAAUCAGAAUCGGAAUCUGAUUCCGAUUCUGAUUCAGAUACAUCAUCGUCGUCUGGCUUAAGUUCUUCAAGUGAUGAUAGACGUAAGAAGAGGAAAAGAUCUUCUAGGAGAGACAGGUAUAGACAUGGAAAAAGGAGGGACAAACGGCGUGGAAGAAAACGCAGGAGGCAUGGUAAGAGAUCAAAGCGCCGAUCAAAAAGGGCAUCUGAUAGUCUUGCUGACACUGAGAGCGAGAGUAGAAGUGAAAGUAGCUCAGAAGAUGGUAAUGCUGAUGUUGAGGGGCCAGAUCAGAAGCAUAAAACCCAAACUCAGAUAUCUGUUGGAAAUCAGUCUCCUUUGACCGUGGAGGGACCUAAUCCUCGCAAAAAUGGAGUGACAACUGAUAUGUUUGAAAGAGAAGAGGGUGAGUUAAGCAAGGAAAAUGGAGAGCGGUGGAGCAAUGGAGUAGACCCGCAAACUAAUUUAGCGGAUGACAGCCCAGCAAAAUCUAGGAGCCACAACAUUAGUGCUGGAAGGACUAGGAGCAAGAGCAUGAGUAUUAGUCCGACAAAGAACUUGGGCAAGAGCCAGAGUUUGAGCCCAAGAAAGAGCUUGAGCAGGAGUCCUAGUGUUGAUAAGAGCCCUAUACAAGUCCCUCGAAGUAGCAGGAGUAUAAGUAGAAGCCCUGUAAGAAGAAGUGCCAGCGGAAGUCCUCCUUUGAGGGGCAAAAAGGGAAGAAGCAUUAGCAGGAGUCCCUUGAACUCCCCACCUCGAAGGAACCUUAGCCGGACCCCACCAAUAACUUCAUCAAGGAAAUCAUCGCGAACAGUGAGCAGAAGCCCUGUAAGAGCUGUUAAAAGGAGUCUAAGCAGAAGCCCUGUUAGGUCUUCUAGAAGAAGUGUGAGUAGAAGCUCAGGUAGGGCCCCUUCCAGGAGAAGCGCUAGCAGGAGUCCAGUUAGGGCACCUACAAGGAACAAUCGUCGCAGCUAUUCAAAAAGCCCUGUUUCUGAUCGUGGAAGGAACUUAUCAAGAAGUCCUUCCCUAGAUGGGUCCCCUAAACGCAUCAGAAGGGGAAGAGGCUUCAGUGAGCGCUUCUCUUAUGCACGCAGAUACAGAUCCCCUUCGCCAGAUCGUUCUCCUGUGAGGUCGUAUCGUUAUGGCAGUAGGAUUGAUCGUGACAGAUUUUACAGGAGAUCCCCUAGGCGUUACAGGAGCCCACCCAGAGCAAGAACUCCUCCAAGAUACAGAAGCAGAAGAAGCAGGACGAGGAGUCCCUUAUCACGGAGCCCAAUCCGUAACCGUGACCGCCGCCGUUACAGCCGCAGUCCUAUUCGCAACCGUUCUCCUGUCAAGACAUCCAGAGUCGACGAUUCCCCACGUGCUGAGAGGCGGAGGUCACCUUCUCGUACCAGAAUCUCAUCAAUAUCAAGCUCCUCACUCGACUCCGAAUCGCCCAAGAAGGCAAGCAAAGACCGGUCAAGGUCAUUUUCUAGAAGCCCCCAAGCCGGGAAGAAGGGCUUGGUCUCUUAUGGAGAUGGUUCUCCUGACUCCAGCGACAGAUAAGGAUCUGUUGGCAUUGACAGUAAUGGUUUGAGUUGAUAAAUCCCUUGCUCGCAAGUUUUUCUUCUUUUACGUAUCAAGUCACAAUGAUGUUUGGGACUGUGGUAGAGGGAAUUCGGGAGCUUAUCUGGUUAUGUCUUUUGGUUUCGAUGUUGGCCGUAAUUUUAGAGACGUACGAGUAAAUACUGGAUGUGUUGCCUUGACUUAGUAAUUUUGGUCGGAGAUAUUUGACUUCUAAAGUUUGUUAGGGAAUUUGGCCAUUGUGAGGAGGAACUACUGUUUGGCCAUGGGAGGUGUGAUUUGAUUAGCAGUGGGUUUUUGUUACAUUUCUCUGUCCGUUUUCUUUGAUAAUUUGGUUCGUAUCCCACACGAUCGUUACUUAUGUCAUAUUUUUCAUUAUUCACAUUAAUUGCCUGUUAAA